UCGUGUGUGUAUAUAUAUGUGUAUAUGCACAUAAAAAGAAAGUUAUAAAGAAAUGGAAAUGAAUGCUAUGGAUAGUAUUAUAGUAUUGGGGCUGUUAUAACCAAAUACCACAGACUGGUUGGCUUAUAAAUAGUAGGAAUUUCUUUAUCAAGUUCUGGAGACUGGAAAGUUCAAGAUCAACUCAGCAGCAGAUUCAGGGUCUGGUAAGGCCUCCAUUUUGGUGUGUAGAUGGCUGUUUUCAUGCUGUGUCUCCGCAUGUUGAAGGAACAAAGGCCAUCUCUGGAGUCUUUUGAAAGGACACUAACCUCAUUUAUAAGGGCUGCACCCAAUGACCUAAUCACUGCUGAAAGGUCCCACUUCCUGAUACCAAAACACUGGGAUUAGGAUUUCAACAUAUGGAUUUUGUAGGGAUGUAAACAUUCCCCACAUCAUACAAUAUAGAACUAAAAAGCAGACUUGGCAUCCUUCACAAAAUUAUAAAUAUGUUUAUGAACUUAAAGAGUGGAUAUCAAUAUAAUUGAAAAAUAUCAAAUUCAGGGUCUUGCUGGGAGAACCAUAGAUGUUUUAUUCACUCUUGUACCUGAGAUUUGUGUGGUUGAAAGUUCCUUAUUGUCUCUUUAGUAUUACAUUUAUUGUUUUGCUUCCCAUAGACAUGAAGCCAUUAUUAUCUCAGGAACCGAAAUGGCCAAACAUAUCCAGAAAGAAAUUCAGCAAGGUGUGGCGUCCUGGAUUUCCCUUGGGAACAGAAGACCUCACCUCAGCAUCAUUUUGGUGGGAGACAACCCAGCAAGCCAUACCUACGUCAGGAAUAAGAUAAGAGCUGCCUCUGCUGUAGGUAUCUGUAGUGAGCUUAUUCUAAAGCCUAAGGAGGUUUCCCAGGAAGAGCUUUUGGAUAUAAUUGAUCAAUUGAACAUGGACCCGAGAGUCAGUGGUGUGUUAGUUCAGUUACCACUGCCAGGCCACGUGGAUGAACGAACAAUCUGCAAUGGAAUUGCUCCAGAAAAAGAUGUAGACGGCUACCAUAUUAUCAACAUCGGCAGACUGUGCCUUGACCAGCACGCCCUCAUUCCCGCCACCGCCAGCGCCGUGUGGGAAAUGAUAAAGAGGACAGGUGAUGCAACUGUGACCAUAACUCACAGAUAUACUCCCAAGGAACAACUGAAGAUCCACACGCAGCUGGCAGAUAUCAUCAUUGUUGCUGCAGGUAUUCCAAAGUUGAUUACAUCUGAUAUGGUGAAAGAAGGUGCCACUGUAAUCGAUGUGGGCAUCAACUAUGUCCAUGACCCUGCGACAGGGAAGACAAAAUUAGUUGGAGAUGUGGACUUUGAAGCCGUUAAGAAGAAAGCCGGCUUUAUCACCCCUGUUCCAGGAGGCGUGGGACCCAUGACGGUGGCAAUGCUUCUGAAGAACACACUUCUGGCAGCUAAAAAACUAAUUUACUAGAUCACAUGGUAGAGUGAAGUAAACUGAAGUCACGCGUUCAUUUACUUGACCAAGGGCAGAACCUUUAUAUUUUACUACAAAGCUAUUUAUUUCUGCAUUGCAUUUAUUUUUUCAUGGAUGGAGUCAUCCUGGAUCAGAUGACUCACAGAAUUUUAUGCAUUUCCUGCUAACUUAUUUUGAGUUUUAGGAAAAAAACAAAAUUCCAAUGAAAAUGGUGGUAAUAAUUGUUUACUUUUAGGAUAAGUGUUCAUCAUGUAACAAAGAGCUCGUAAUAAAUAUAUUUUUGACACAAGUG